AUGGGUUCUUUAACCGAUAACCUCACUAUAGGUUAUUGAAUCUCGGCUUAGCGAUUUCGUGAAGCGAUUUUCCGCGGAGAACAGCUCUUCCGUUGAACAAGCAGUAAAGAGAGCUCGGCGCGAGCAAUAUACCUGCAAAAGGAAAGGAAACCAGCAGCAGUUGGAUCAUUCCCUCCGGUGGUGGAUAAACUAGACGAAGCAUCCGACGCUCUCAAGCAGAAAUUGUACGAGAAAGUUAAAGUUGCCCAGGAGUCAGGUACUGAAUUAGUUUCUAAGCGUGUUAAAGCCACUGAUUAAGUUAGUAGACAAGAGCGAAUUUGGAUGGGCGACCGUUAACGAAUAUUUGUCUGACGAACUCGCCUCUGACUCCGACGACGAGAAGAGAAUUUACCGGGCCGAGAGAAAAAUCAAUAAAGAGAAGCGUCGUCGUGUCCGUUCUGACGAGAAAGGAAGCGGUUCCUCCUCUGUACACUGCGCGGCUUCUUCGUCGAGAUUCUCGUCUAAGGAUUUAGCUUCUCGUUCGGAAGCUAGACCAGCUCGUCGUUUGGGGCCUUGUUUUAAGAUAAGUAGCCUACUCUUUCUCGUUAUACUGGCUUUGUUUUUACUUUGUCGAUUAUGGCGUUACACUCAGGCCAUAAUCCAAUAUUCUCUAUGA